AUGGAUAUUGCAAUUAUAGGUAUUGGACUUAGAUUCCCAGGAGGAUCAAAAACACCAGAUGAAUUUUGGGAUCAUUUAAUUAAUAAAAAGGAUGGAAUAUCAGAGGCACCAAAGGAGAGAUACUCACCAUCAUUCUAUGACCAAGGUUUCAUUUCAAACAAAUAUGGUGGUUUUAUAGAAGAGGAUGAGUGGAAACGCUUUGAUCCACUCUUUUUUGGUAUCUCGCCAAAGGAAACUACAUACUUGGAUCCUCAACAAAGAGUAUUACAAACUUGCAUGUGGGAAGCAUUGGAAGAUGCUCACAUUCAACCUCAAAAGAUUCGUGGUUCCAAAACUGGUGUCUAUCUUGGUCUAAUGAAUCAAGAUUAUCAAAAACAACAACAUCGUGAUAUAUUGGACAUGUCACCUUAUCUUGUCACCGGAAACGGUAACUGUUUCUACUCUAAUCGUCUCUCCUUUUGUUUUGAUCUUCGUGGUCCAUCAAUCACUCUUGAUACUGCUUGUAGUUCAUCUCUUAAUGCUAUUUUCUUGGGAAUGCAAGGAAUUAGAUCAGGAGAUUGUGAUAUGGCAGUAGCAGGAGGAGUAAAUGCAUUAUAUGACCCAACUAUUACAAUCAACUUUUCAUCAUUAAACAUGUUGAGUCAUAAAGGUAGAUGUAGUAGUUUUGAUGAAGGAGCCGAUGGUUUUGUUCGUAGUGAAGGUGCUGGUUUGGUCAUUUUGAAACGGUUGGACAAGGCUAUAGAAGAUGGAGACCGUAUCUAUUGUGUAUUAAAGGGUGGUAGUAGUAAUGUUGAUGGUUCCAACAACAAGACAACCAUUACAGCUCCAAGUAGUCAUGCCCAAGCUGAAAACAUUGUCCAUGCAUUAAACAAUUCACGAGUCGAUGCCAAAGAUGUCUUUUACUUUGAAGCCCAUGGAACUGGUACCCCUGUAGGUGAUCCAGUUGAAGUCGAGGCUCUUUCCACCAUCUUUGCACAAAACCAUUCACCAAGCGAACCAUUACAUAUUGGUUCAGUCAAAUCCAACAUUGGUCAUCUAGAAUCAGCUGCUGGUGUCGCCUCUUUAAUCAAAUGUUGUCUAAUGUUAAAGAAUCGUCAAUUGGCUCCAAACAUUCAUUUCAACAAAGUCAAUCCAAAGAUUAAAUUAAAUGAAUGGAAUAUUAAAGUUGUCACUGAAAAUGAAUCAUUCCCAACCGAUAAAUUAAUUAGAAUGGGAGUUGGUUCAUUUGGUUUAGGUGGUUCAAAUUGUCAUCUUAUUAUGGAAGAGUACAAGAGUGACAAUAAUAAUAAUACCAACUCUUCUUAUCCUUCAUCAUCAUCAUUAGUUAUUCCAUUUUCAGCAAAUUCAAAAUUAUCUUUGGAUAAAUAUGUAAAUUCGAUUGUGAAUAAUGUCAAUAGAGUCGAAUUGAAUGAUUUUGCCAAAUAUCAAGUAUUUACCAAAGCUAAUAUCAUUGCAUCGAGAAAGAUUAUUGUUGCCAAUAGUUGGGAGGAAUUGGUUUCUCAAAAGAAAUCAUACUCUGUCAACAAGUCGUUAACUUCCAACAUUGCCGCUCUCGGUAUCCAACCAAAGAUUCCAGUUGUUUUCGUCUUUUGUGGUCAAGGUCCACAAUGGAAAGGAAUGGGUCAGGUUCUUUACCAUUCACAACCAGUAUUUAAACAAGCUGUUGAUCGUGCCGAUGACCUCCUCAAAACUUAUUUCGGCUACUCUAUCCUUGCCCAACUCCAAUCUCUUCCAUCUGACAAUUCACCAGAACUUCAUCAUCCAAAAUUGGCUCAACCAAGUAUCUUUUUAUUACAAUUUGGUCUAACUGAAUUAUAUAAACAAUGGAAUAUUAAACCUAGUAUUGUUAUUGGUCAUAGUUUUGGAGAAGUAACAGCAGCAUAUUAUGCAAAUAUUAUAUCACUUGAAUGUGCAGCCAAGAUUGUAUAUUAUAGAUCAACUUUACAAAACUUGACAAUUGGUAGUGGCAAGAUGUUGAGUAUUGGUAUUAGUGCCGAACAAUACAAUACAGACUAUGCACCCAAGUAUCCAACUUUGGAGAUUGCUUGUUACAAUAGUAAUGAUUCCAUUGUUAUUACUGGUGUAGAGAGUGAUUUACAAGUGGCUGCAGAGGAUAUGAAGGAAUCAAAUGUGUUUACUGCAUUCCUUACCACUCCAUGUUCAUUCCAUUCAUCACAUCAAGAAAAGAUUAAACAACAAUUGUUUGAUUCUCCACUUAUAGAUUUGGAAUACACCGACGGUGAAAUGAUUCCAUUCUUUUCAACUAUUCAUGGUGGUUUACUAAAGACCAAACAAGAAUAUAGUAUCCAAUACAUCUAUGACAAUCUUCGUGAACCAGUUGCUUUUACCAAAGCCAUUGCCAAUAUCUUUACUUAUAUCAGUGACAAUCAAUUGGGAAUGUCACCAGUGUUUUUGGAAAUUGCUCCACAUAGUACACUUGCCUUUUACAUUAAAAAGUUGACUCCAACUGUAUCCAACGAUGACGAAUCAGCUGCCACACCAUUUACCCCACUGGUUCUAUCACCAUUAAAUAGAAAAAAGAAUGAAUUGGAGAGUUUCCAUGGUGCUCUUGGUGAACUCUAUUGUCAUGGUCUAAACAUUGAUUUUGGUCAACAAUUCCAACACGAAGAUAUCGUCUCUUACAAGGAACGUACCACAUCUAUCCCAAGAUACCAAUGGGACACUGAAUUGUAUUGGGAUGAACCACUCGUCUCCCAAAAGAUCCGUCUCCGUGGUCCAACCUCUUCCAUUCUAGGUCAUCCUCUCAACUCUGGUAGUUCAGUUUACGAAGCAUUAAUCAAUGUAAAUGCUGAAUCAUACCAAUUCUUAAAGGGUCACAAGGUCAAGGGUAAAUUCCUAUUCCCAGGUUCUGGAUAUAUCGAUAAUAUCCUUUCAAGUCAUGCUGGCCUUGACGUAGCCAUCCACAACCUUGAAUUCAACACUCCAUUCUUUUUGACAGAAGGUGUCUUGCAUCAUCUCCAAACUAGUAUCAUUCAAAACUCCAAGAAUGAAUUCAAGGUUGAAUUUACAUUUUGUGAUGGUAACCAAACCGAGAAAUGGACCAAAUCAGCUCAUGGUAGAAUCUCCACCUACUCUCCAAGUACACCACCAAAAGUUGAUUUAGAAUCGAUCAAACAAACAUGUCAACUCGCCACAUUGUCCAAAGACGAAGUAUACGGUAAACUACAAACUCUUGGUCUUCCAUACGGUCCAACUUUCCAACGUAUCUCUUCAUUCUCUUUUGGUCUAGAUUGUUCUCUUUCACAAUUGGAAAUGCAUCCAACUUCCAAGUUUGACAAGGACAGACUAUUGAAUGCUAGUAUAUUGGAUUGUUGUCUACACGGUCUAUUGGCUUUGAUGGAUGGGCCACAAGAAUUGGUAUUUGAAAGAUUGGAAAAUUUAAAGUUUUACUCUUCAUCUGUUCCCGAUUCCAACAGUCGUCCACAAAAAGUCUAUGUCUAUAGCAAGUCAACAAAGAUUGCUGGUAAUUCUAGUCAUGGUUCAAUUGAUAUGAUCCUAGAAGAUGGUACAUUACUCUUAUCAAUCGGCCGUGUCGUUUCAACAUCAUUGACCAAGGUAAAGAGAACUGUCACUGUGAAACAUCCAUCCAAAGAGUUGUACAAACCAAUUUGGCAAUCCAAACAAUCAGUCUUGUCAACUCCAAUCCUUCAACUAAACAAUCAUGUUGCUCCACUAACACUUGAAGAAGACAUAAGAUUAAAUCAAUAUAUUUCAUUAUUGGUUAAUCAAUUGGACGAGUCAUCAAAUGAUUUGUCUGGUCAGUCAAAGGUAUUGGAAAGAUUAUUGAAUAUUGCCAAGGAAACCAAAGUAUCAACUGAUCAAUCACAAUCUUCUGUUGAAAAGUUAAAAGCAGAGUUGUCUACCAAGUAUCCAUCAAAUGUUAGAGACUUGAAAUUGGUUACCAAAUCUAUAAAAUCAUUCAUUCCACAAGUAUCCAAUGCUGCCGAUGCAGCUGCUGUUGACAAUGUCCAAAGAACCCAAGAACAAGUUGACGAUGGAUACAGUUUGUUGGAAUCAUUGUUUUAUCUUUUGGCUAGUAGCAAGGAAGUUGAAAGUGUAUUGGUUCAACACUUUAAAUCAACAUUUGUAUCAUUACUACAGUCUCCAAGAGUAGUUAGAUUGUUGGAUAUUGGUAUUGAAGAUGACAAGAAACGUAGUAUUACCAUUUCUCUUAUCAAACAAAUCGCCUCAUUGAUUCGUGAAACCAAGUCUGAAUCAACCAUUGACUAUACCAUUGUAGUAUCAAGUGAAACCAAGUCAAUCCUCGAACAAUCAAUCAAAAAGGUCAUUCCUGAUCUACCUGAUAAUCUAGUCAUCAAAUACCGAACCACAUUAUCACUUGAAGAAGAUUUCAUUGAACAAAAUCUUUUAACUUGUUCAUUUGACUUUGUCAUUUCAUCGUUUGCUUUUACUGCCAAUGCCAAUGCUGGAAAGUUGUCACAACAAAUCAACAAGGUUCUUUUACCAAAGGGACAAUUGAUUGCUUUGGAACCACCCAAAGAGUCUGUUAUCUUUGAUUUGGUCGCUGGCAACUAUCCAAAGAUUGUGUAUGACAAUUUUGGACAAGACCAAGACCGUGUCAACAACGAUGCCAGUACUCUUGGUGGUGGUGAAUGGAGUAGAUUGUUGAGCGCUAGAGGUGGAUUUGAAACAGUCACCUUUUACCAAUCACAACCACACCAUCCAUCAUUAAUCGUCGGUCAAAAACAUGGAAUUGUCAAGAGUCUAUCAUUGUCAUCUUCAUCAUCUUCGUCGUCCUCUUCAAUUGACAAGAUCAUCUUUAUCAUUACCAAACAAUCUGAAAAAGUACAAGAUUUCAUUUCACAAGCCAAUUCCAAGUUUGACCAAGUUCAUACAUUUGAUUCAACUGAUCUUUUAGACAGUCAAGACAACAACAAACAAGAACAAUUUGUCGGUCUUAUUGAACAAGGUGAAAAUGUAGUAGUAUUUGUUGGAUUGGAACAAAUGACAGUUGAAACUUAUCGUAGACAUACCUAUGAAUUUGUAAAGGUGAAUCAAUUAAUGUUAAAGAGCCAAGCCAACAAGACCAAGUUAUUGUUACUUACAUUGAAUGCACAAAAGGAAGCAACAAACUAUUUAUCAUCUUCAUUGGUUGGCAUUUACCGUUAUUUCCUCGAACAACAACAUAUCCUCGACACCUGUUCAAUUGAUGUCGACCAACAAACAUUGUCAACCAUUCAAAUUAAAGAUUUGUUGAAUCUAUUGGACCAAGUGGAAUCACUUGGUGAAAAGGAAUUUGUUCUUCGUAGUGGUACCAGUGACAGUACCUUUGUCACCCUUGUCCAAAGAUACCAACGUGUUCCACAAUGGUUGUCACACAAGAGUUCGGUAGAGAGUAACCCAAACAACAUCGUAUUCAAAUUGGAUAGUAACUUGAAUUAUGCUCCACAUCCACGUGAGAACAUUCUCGGAGACAACCAAGUAGAGAUUAAAGUUAUGGCAACUGGUCUAAACUACAAAGACAAUCUUUUCUAUCGUGGUCUGUUACCACAAGAAAUCUUUAGCAAGGGUGAUAUUUACAAUCCACCAUUUGGUCUUGAAUGUUCUGGUAUUGUAAGUCGUGUUGGUAGCAAGGUGACCAACUUUGUUGUUGGAGAUGAGGUGGUUGGGUUCUCUAGCCAUUCAUUCUCUAGUCACACUAUUACUAGUCAAGAUCGUAUCGUCAAGAAACCAUCCAAUAUAUCGUUUGUUGAAGCUGCUGCCAUCCCAGUGGUCUAUGCUACUGCCUAUUACAGUAUAUUCCAUAUUGGUCAUUUCAUUCCAUCACAAGAGUCUAUCCUCAUCCAUUCGGCAACCGGUGGUGUUGGUAUUGCAGCAUUGAACCUUUUAAAGUACAAGAAACAUACUGGGCCAGUGUUUGCAACCUCUGGUGGAUCACUAACCGGUGAUAAGGUCCAAAUUCUACACGACCGUUACGGUUCACUCUUGACUGCCGUUCUAUCAACCGCCAACAACGUUGUUGGAAAGGGGUAUGCUGACCAACUACGUACAUUCCCUGGUACAAAGGAAGGUGUUGAUUUGGUACUAAAUACUCUAAGUGGAGACUUUUUAAAACCAAACUUUGAUUCCUUGUCUCCCAUUGGUCGUAUCAUGGAUCUUUCAGUCACUCAAUUAAUGGAAAAUGAUAAUAUCGAUAUUGAAGUAUUCAAGUAUCACGUUGGUUACCAAACCAUUGAUCUUGAACGUGCUAUUGCCUAUAGCCCAAAUAUUGUCAAUGGUAUUUUGGUCGAAGUGUUUGAAGCUAUUAGCAAGGGUCUACUCGACUCUAUUCCAGUCGAGUCAUUCCCAGUUGUCGACACUAAACGUGCUAUUGAAUACAUCAAUGAACGUAAACAUGUUGGAAAGAUUGUAGUCGACUUUAGCGAGUUUGACAAGGACAUAGCUGCACCACUCGUACAACAACACAAGCAGAUUGUUGUCAAACCAAAUUAUUCUAUCGAUGGAUUACAAGACACUUUGUUGAUUACCGGUCAAACAGGUAUUGCAGUACUCAUUCUUCGUUGGAUUCUCGAGCAUGCACCAGAUACUCUAAAACAUGUUAUUGUAUUGUCACGUAGUGCACUAAAAUGGGAGUUACAAUUAUUAAUCAACCAACAAAAACAAAAGAAUGGUGGUAAAGGAGUGUCUAUUACAUACCGUUCGUGUGAUGUCUCCAGACUUGAUAGUUUGCGAUCGACCGUUCAAGCAAUCUAUGCAGCCGACCCAUCCAUUGCACCAGUCAAGAGUGUCAUCCAUUUUGCCACCAUCUAUGAUUACUGUCAAGUAGACGAUAUCUCCCAAAAGACUAUCGACGCUACCCACGAGCCAAAGACUGUCGGUGCCGUCAACCUCCACAGUUUGGGGUUAGAGUUGGGUUGGUCACUUGUACACUUUGUUCUCUUUUCUUCGAUCGUGUCUGUGCUCGGUAGCACCAACCAGGCUAGUUACACAUCCGCCAACUUGGUUCUCGACUCACUCGCCCAAUUCCGUCGUCAACAAGGUCUCGCUGCCACAUCCAUUAAUUGGGGUGCCCUCGAUGCCGGUGGUGAGGUUGCCAAGGACAAGUCAGUUGCCCAGUUCCUCAAGAGCCGUGGGGUCAACCUCGUCUCGUUGGCCAAGAUCCUCGGUGGGCUCGGUGGAGUGCUCUCGUGCACCUCUGCCACCGCGUCGCCCUCCCAAGUCAUGCUAACCAACUUUGCAUACCGUCCACUCUUUGAAUACUGCCAACAAAUCCGUCCCAAGCUCGAACAUCUCGCACCAGACACUGACCUUGAAACCAAGAGCAGCGCAUCCUCUGGCGCCGACUCCAAGAGUGGAGGAAACAGCGUAGCUGAUCGUGUCGUUGCAGUUGUCUCUGAACUCCUUUCCAUCCAUCCAUCCAAGCUAAACAUGGAUACCCGUCUCAAGGACUAUGGUAUCGACUCUCUCUUAACCGUUCAACUAAAGAAUUGGCUCGAUCAAGAGUUUACCAAAAACCUCUUUACCCAUCUCCAAUUAUCAUCCAAUUCAAUUAAUUCUAUUAUUCAAAAGAUUAAUGCAAAGUCUACAACCACUACAACUACAACUACAUCAUCGUCAUCGAAUGCAUCAUCGUCAAAGGAUAUACUUAAAAAGAUUGAAGUAAAGAAUACAACAACUAAUAGUAUUGGUAAACCAAUAGAGUUUUGGCAAAAGGAAGCCAAGUUGGAUAGUUCUCUUACUCCCUCAUCAAAUUUGAAAAAGUGUAAAUCCUAUAAUAAUGGUGCAGAAAAGAUUAAUGUAUUAUUGACUGGUGCAAGUGGUUAUUUGGGUAUCUAUUUGUUGUAUAGUUACCUUGUAAGUGAUAGCGUUGACAAGAUUUACUGUAUCAUUCGAUCACAACCAGACGAGACACGUGCACUCCAAUUUUUAGCCAACAAACUCCAAUCUCUACACUUGGUCGUCGACUCGAGUGUCUUUGAUAGUCGUGUCGUAGCACUCGUCGGUGAUCUGUCACACAAGUCGUUGGGGUUGGGAGAGGAUAGAUUCGCACAACUUGCCAAUCAAGUCGAUUUGAUUGUGUCUAAUGGUGCCAACGUUAACUUCCUCGAGACAUACGAUGAGAUUCAAGUGACCAAUGUUAACUGCACCAAAGAGUUGAUCCGUCUGUCGAUCUUGGGAGACUACCAAAAACGUAUUGUUCACAUCUCAUCCAUCUCUGUCUUUUUCAAUGACAAGCGGGACUCGACCAUCACCGAACAUUCGUUCCCGUCAUUUGACCAUCUCAACGAGAUGAAUGGGUACAUCCAAUCCAAGGUUAUCACAGAGUACUUGGUACGCGACGCAGCUCGUCGUGGUAUCCCAGCCAGCAUCAUGCGUGUCGGUCCCAUUUUCGCAGACUCCCGUACAGGUAUUGACAAUGACAAUGAUAUCUUGAGUACUGUCGUCAAGGCCAUUUUCGAGCUCGGUGCCUAUCCAUCAUUCAACCUUGCACGUGGAGAAGGGUCUCUCAACACAUCACCAAUCGAUUGGGUGUCUCUUGCAACUGCCAAGUUGUCACUCCAUGAGCCGUAUUGGUCUUCUUCUUCUUCUUCCUCUUCAUCUGAUCUCCAAGAACCAAAUAUAUUCCAUAUCAUCAACCAAGACUCAUCAUCUGUCGACGGAAAGAUGAAUAGUCUACUCGAUAUAUGUCAUGUCAUCAACACCAAGUAUCCUCUACAAGAGAUCAACGACUAUGUGCAAUGGCGAAACUUACUCUUUUCAACCAAGAAUCUUGCAGCAUGCAACAAGAUCAAACUCUUCUUCCACGACACCACCACCUUCCCUCUCUUCCACAUUGGCUUUGGUGAUUGUUCACUUACCACUAAUCAACUAUCUCUUAUCAACAUCUCUAAAUGUGAAAUCACUAAAGAUACAAUCAUCAAAAAUAUUGAAUACUAUAAAUCUAAAAUGAAUAUUCAAAAAUAA